ACUGGGCCACUCUCCGCCCCCCACCCCGCCCGGCCCCUCUGGGACCUGCGGAGCUGCAACUCCACGGAAGUGUCCGGGGCGCGGAGCUCCGCGAGCCGGGUGAUUGCUCUCAGACGCAAGGGCAACAGGACUGUGAUAGGCGCCGUACCUGUUCUGGCGGCCCAGACCCCGUACGUCUGGGACUGGCCUGGGGAUGUGUGGGAGAUGUGGCCUGCGGGUUCACCAGUGUGCAAAGCAACUUUUUCCGCAAGGCCCUGGGUGGGUAGGCGUUCCUACACCCCACCCCCACGCUCCUGGAACUGGAGUCCAGAACUCCCUUCUUGCACAGCUUUCUCUCCCACCAGCGCCUCAGGUAGCCCUCCUCCACUGCUCUGCCUCAGUGCCCACACGGGUCUACCCGAAGAGAAGCACUAUAGUGGCACCCCCCACGUGUGCUAGGUAGUAGGAACGUCAGCCCCUGGGGACUUGUCGCUGUUUUGUGCCGGCCUGACCCCCAGUUGCCAGCUUCUGUUUGCUUUUCCUGUUCUGCCUGGAUUAGGGGCUGGCUGCCUGUGGGGUGUAGGUGAGCUGGGAGAGCCUGUGUGUCUUCAAAUUCCAGUCAGGGCAGGCUGGGGACCCUGACGUGAAGUGGGCAGUUGACACCAGGGGCUUGUUGGGCUGGCCCCGAGCAGGUGGACUUGGUAGGUGUUGAGGUGACCCAGGAAUGAGGCAGGGCUGGCAGGAGAGGUUGGUUGGAGCCAGGGUCAUGAGCCUGGCUGAGUAAAUAACUCCUAAUUCUUGAGAUAGCUUUGUCGCUGCCACCAGCCCAUUAAAGUCUGGGCUAGGGGCCAUAACUGAAGGCAGCUGUGUGUCCGCCCUUGAGCUGCACCAGGUUGAGGGCUCCUGUCCACCUGAGUUUACCCAGGUUAUCUCCCAGCAGCCCCGACCCUAGCUGCAGAGAUGGUGAAACUGAAACUGCACCCAGGGCUUGGACCCAGCUUAAGAGGCUGCAUGGAUCUAGGGCCUCUUCCCAAGCUGCCCAGGGGGUGUGCCUGGACCCCAUGGGGGUACAGGCUCUAGGGCAAGGGGAGGAGCACAGGCUGGUGUGCCUACCCCUGUUGCUGUCCCCAGCUCUGACGGAGCCAGGCCCGGAAGUGAGGAGGGGAGAUGAGGAAAGCCAGCAACCCAGCCUCUGCCCACCCUGCUCUGCGUACCUUAGGGGGAGAGGAUGGAGCAGGUGACCUUGACUGGAACACCCUGGCAGCUAAGGGGGUUUCAGUCCUAGCCGUGCUGAGGUGGCUUUGCUUCCUGGUCCAUGGGGUGUUGGGGGAGGGGCUGGCCAAGGAACCAGGAAAGACCUCUGGCCUGAGGGGGGUAUCUGAGGGACUCAAGAAGGGGUGGGGGGCUGUUAAUAAUUCCCUCCCGGUGUUCCCCUGCAGCCCCUGCUUCUGCCUGACUCCCCACCAUCUAGGCAGUUCUUAGCUCGUUGGAGCCAACCUCCCUUCCCUGAGGCAGGCUGUUCCCCAUCCCCCUUCCAAGGCUGGGAAGUCCGGAUUGGGCUGGACAGUUCGACCACCUGGCCCUCUGCCCCACCCCCAGGUGCCUCCGGACCCCCUCCUCCAGCCGCCCCUUUCCUGUACCCCUUGUCAGCCCCAGCUCCUCGUUUCUUUGUUUGAGCGUCUCUCCUCCGUCCCUCCCUCUCUCCUCCCUCACUCCUCCUCCCUCCCUCCUGCCUGCCUCCCUCACUCCCUCCCGCCAGCCUUCCUUCCCUCCUUCCAGACUCUCCUCCUGGUGGGCUCCCAGGUGGCGGUGGCUGUUCCUCCUCUGUCCGCCCACCUCAGCUUGGCCAGACUUGGGGGCACCUCUGGGGCUGAAUGGAAGGCAUCUAGGGGCUGAUAGAUCUGAGUGACUGUAGACAGUGCCCUCCCCUCCCCCUCUCCUUCCUUUUCCUCCUCUUCCUCCUUCCUUCUCUUUCUCUCCACCACCUCCUAUGCUGCCAAAGAGGGAGACUAAGGACCCAUUAGACUUCAGCGUCCCCCAAGUGACUCCUUUAAAGGGCCAGAGAAUUGUGGGAGGUCCCAGUGGGGCAAGUCCCUUCACCUUCUUGGACACCUUAGAGGACUCCAGCUAUGUCCUUGCUGACUCUGACCCUGUCACCAUGAAAGAGGAUGCAGGAGAAAUGAGAACACAGGGUGAAGUGGUUGACCUGAGCUCCCUGAUAGUAGGACCAAAACUCUCUGAGGGGCUCAGGCUGCAUUGCACCCUCUCCAGCCAGGACACUGUUUCACAGCUCCUCUGAGCCCCACCCCACUAGCAGGUCAAGUUCUUGAGCAAAUGCAUGCGUGUGAGGACGUGUGUGGACAUGCAAGUGUGGACGUGUGUAUAUCCACGUCUGUUAGUGGGGGCCUCCCAGGUGCACCCUGAGGGUGAUGGUGGCUGUGCAGUCCUAUCUGCCACCUGCCCCCUCAUCAGAGCCUGCCUUGUAGUCUGCAGGAGCUUUGUGCCCCACCACACUGGGGCAGGGGCUGGCUCUGACUUUCCUCUCCCUCAGCCAGCCUCUCCAGGAGAGAGCAUCUGGGAUGAGAGAUCUUGAAGGAACACAAAAGGUGUGCCAGGCACUCAAGACAGGGUGUUCCCAGCAGAGGGCAUCACAUGGGAAAUAGGGCAGAAGGCCUAAAGCCGCACGUUCUGUCUGAGAAACCUUGAGUGGUUUGCCUUGGCAAAGAGGCCAGGGCGUUGGGGAGGUGAGUCUGGGGAGGGCAUCAGGGCCUGACGAAUGGGACCUGAGAGUCAGAUGUGGAGUCUGGGCCUGGCCUCAGCAUUGAGCAAGGUUCUCAGCAGGGGAGUGACAAGCCAUAAAAACCCCCACCCCCACCCCAGGGUCCUAGGGAUGGGCCUGGGGUCCUGCCUCCCAUGGGAGAAGAGACUAAACAGGGCAAAUCUGGGGGAUGGGGCUCUCAUUGUCAUACGUGGUGGUGCCCCUACCCCAGCACAUCCCAGUUUGUGGGGGUGGGGGGUGGGAGUUGGCGCUGAUUUGUGCCGGGAGGGAGCAAUAUGUUCUGACAACUGGUGCUGGGCUGCGUUUAUCCAACAGCCAGCCUGCCUGAGGAGACAAUAUUUGAAAAACACAGAAUCAAAACUUGGACCUGCUGAGGGUUGGGGGCUCUGCAGGGGUGACCGAUGCUGGCUCAGACACUGCCCCAGGCUAGCUUCCCUUCUUCAUCCCUCUAAGAAGGGCUGAAACUUUUCCCUGGCAGGAAGUCCUUCUGUCUAUCUAACCUGGAUCCUUCCUGCUAUGAUUUCAGCAGAAGUAGACCCUGCUCCUCUGCCUCUCCUUCUCUGCCCAGUGCUGUCUCUUGUUCACUUUGGGCUGUCUGUGUAUGUCUUGCUCAUCCUCCCGCUCUCUCCCAUGCCCCACCUCCGUCCUAAUAAUCAGGUCCAGAUUUCUCUGCACUGGGAGGAGAGGUUUGGCUGGAACAGGCAGGGAAAGACCCCAUUCCUCGAGGUGGGGGAGAGAAGGAGCAGUCCCCUUUGUGGGAAUGGGUGCAGGGGAGAGAGCCUGUUGGGGGCUAGGGGAGGGCUCCAAGAUAGCCUGCUGGAGCUGGUCUCUGUGAGUGGAAUUCAGGAUGCUGGUGGGGUGGGGAGGGUUUGGCCCUCUGGAGGCCCUCUUCAGCCUGGUGACCGUUGCCUGGUCUUCGGGCCCAUUGUUGAUACCUCCUCAGACAAACAAAGGCAAAAGAAUGUAUAUGAGGUGUGCAUACUGUGGGGCACUCAUGGCGUUAGGCUGGUGGUAUGGGCAAGGAGGCACCUAUCAUCCUUCUUGUUCAGGUGGGGAAACUGAGGCAUCUUGGGCAUAGGAAGAUGAUGGUAGGAUGGGACUCCCUCAUCUGCCUCUUACAUUCACCUCUUGGUUCCCCCUUCCAGGUGUCCGGAGAGAACAGAGCCUGCUUCCUGGGCCCUAGGCCCCUCCCACAAUGCCUGUCGCUGGUCUCCUCCUCUGGGCUUCCCUACUGACUGGGGCCUGGCCAGCUGCCCCCAUCCAGGACCUCCUGCAGGCCACGCCCCGGGUCCGGCUCUCAUUCAAAGAGCUUAAGGCCACAGGUACUGCACACUUCUUCAACUUCCUGCUCAACACGACUGAUUACCGAAUCCUGCUCAAGGACGAGGACCAUGACCGCAUGUACGUGGGCAGCAAGGACUACGUGCUGUCCCUGGACCUACAUGACAUCAACCGCGAGCCCCUCAUUAUCCACUGGGCGGCCUCCCCACAGCGCAUUGAGGAGUGUGUGCUCUCAGGCAAGGAUGGCAACGGCGAGUGCGGGAACUUCGUCAGGCUCAUCCAGCCCUGGAACCGAACACACCUGUACGUGUGUGGGACAGGCGCCUACAACCCCAUGUGCACCUAUGUGAACCGAGGCCGCCGUGCCCAGGCCACACCGUGGACCCAGAUGCAGGUGGUAAGAGGCCGCGGCAGCAGAGCCACCGAUGAUGCCUUCCACCCGACGCCCAAAGCCCCACGCCAGGAUUACAUCUUCUACCUGGAGCCUGAGAGACUCGAGUCAGGGAAGGGCAAGUGUCCGUACGACCCCAAGCUGGACACGACCUCAGCCCUCAUCAAUGAGGAGCUCUAUGCUGGUGUGUACAUUGAUUUCAUGGGCACUGAUGCAGCCAUCUUCCGAACGCUUGGAAAGCAGACGGCCAUGCGCACAGACCAGUACAAUUCCCGGUGGCUCAAUGACCCUUCGUUCAUCCAUGCCGAGCUCAUCCCUGACAGCGCAGAGCGUAAUGAUGACAAGCUGUACUUCUUCUUCCGGGAGCGGUCAGCAGAGGCCCCUCAAAGCCCUGCCGUGUACGCCCGCAUCGGGCGUAUCUGCUUGAAUGAUGAUGGUGGUCACUGCUGCCUGGUCAACAAGUGGAGCACGUUCCUAAAGGCGCGGCUGGUCUGCUCCGUGCCGGGCGAGGAUGGCAUCGAAACUCACUUUGAUGAGCUCCAGGAUGUGUUUGUCCAGCAGACCCAGGAUGUGAGGAACCCGGUCAUUUAUGCUGUCUUUAUCUCCUCUGGCUCCGUGUUCCGAGGCUCUGCCGUGUGCGUCUACUCCAUGGCUGACAUUCGCAUGGUCUUCAAUGGGCCCUUUGCCCACAAGGAGGGCCCCAACUACCAGUGGAUGCCCUUCUCGGGGAAGAUGCCCUAUCCUCGGCCUGGCACGUGCCCUGGCGGAACCUUCACGCCAUCCAUGAAGUCCACCAAGGACUAUCCAGACGAAGUGAUCAACUUCAUGCGUGGCCACCCGCUCAUGUACCAGGCCGUGUACCCACUGCAGCGGCGGCCCCUGGUUGUCCGCACAGGCGUUCCCUACCGGCUUACCACUGUCGCUGUGGACCAGGUGGAUGCAGCUGAUGGGCGCUAUGAGGUGCUUUUCCUGGGCACAGACCGCGGGACAGUACAGAAGGUCAUCGUGCUGCCCAAGGAUGACCAGGAGAUGGAGGAGCUCAUGCUGGAGGAGGUGGAGGUCUUCAAGGACCCGGCACCUGUUAAGACCAUGACCAUCUCUUCCAAGCGGCAACAACUGUACGUGGCUUCAGCUGUGGGUGUCACACACCUGAGCCUGCACCGCUGCCAGGCAUAUGGGGCUGCCUGUGCUGACUGCUGCCUCGCCCGGGACCCCUACUGCGCCUGGGAUGGCCAGUCCUGCUCCCGCUAUACAGCAUCCUCCAAGAGGCGGAGCCGGCGGCAGGACGUCCGGCACGGGAACCCCAUCAGGCAGUGCCGUGGGUUCAACUCCAAUGCCAACAAGAAUGCGGUGGAAUCUGUGCAGUAUGGUGUGGCAGGCAGCGCAGCCUUCCUUGAGUGCCAGCCCCGCUCGCCGCAGGCUACGGUGAAGUGGCUGUUCCAGCGAGAUCCCGGAGACCGGCGCCGAGAGAUUCGCACAGAGGACCGCCUCCUACGCACAGAGCAGGGCUUGCUGCUUCGCGCCCUGCAGCUUGGUGAUCGGGGCCUCUACUCCUGCACGGCCACAGAGAAUAACUUCAAGCACGUCGUCACACGGGUGCAGCUGCACGUCCUGGGCCAGGAUGCCGUCCAUGCUGCUCUCUUCCCACCGCCAGCCGCGAGCGCCCCACCACCCCCAGGCGCAGGCCCCCCGACAGCUCCCUACCAAGAGCUGGCCCAACUGUUGGCCCAGCCAGAAGUGGGCCUCAUCCAUGAGUACUGCCAGGGCUACUGGCGCCAUGUGCCCCUCAGCCCCAGGGAGGCCCCAGGGGCACCGAGGCCUCCUGAGCUCCAGGACCAGAAAAAACCCCGGAACCGCCGCCACCACCCGCCGGACACAUGAGGCCAGCCACUUGAGCCCUGCAAUGGACCAGCCUAGUCCUCGUCCCUUUUAAUAUAAAAGAUAUAUAUAUAUAUAUAUAUAUAAAAUAUCUAUAUUCUAUACACACCCUACCCCGCAAAGACAGUAUUUAUUGGUGGGUUGUAUAUAGCUUGCCUCAGUGGCAGCAUUGUCCAGAACCUGGACCCAUGCUGAUCAGAGACAGCAGAACACAGAGUCCACCUCGCCUGCCAGUGGAGAGGACUGGGCCAGCACCACGAAGUCCCCAGGCUCCGGUGGGAGUCUACCUGCUCAACAGCCACCACCAGGAUCUGCAGGACACGGGGAGGGACAAAGCCCUGCCUGGACAGGGCACAGACUGCACACCUGUGCCAAUAGGUGUGGUCAAGCUGUGCUGUGGCACAGACAUGGAUUUGAGGACUGUUUUGGAGACUGGGGGUGGGAGGGGUGGGCUCAGGUGCACUCAGAGAAGGGAACAAGGGGCCGUCACAGGAUGCCAGCCCCUGCCUGGGAGGGGGCGCUCAGCCCGAGGGCAGCCCCUUCCUGGGUAUUUAUUUAUUGGGGACAGGAGGAAAGGAGUCCUGCCUGGGUGGGGCAAUACCUCCAGGCCCUCAUACCCUGCCUGCCUGGCCAGGACAGGGCUGCCCCAUCUCCUCUUAACUUUUCCUGUGCUCCCCUAAUUUGGGGCUGGGGGAAUAGCAGAGGGGCCAGGCACAGGCAGGGCUGAGGGGAGCACCCCUGCUCUAAUGGGAGGGGUGCCAUGGUGGUGGCCUGAGGCCUGCAAGGGCCUCUCCAGGGCUUUCCCUCUGCCCACCACUCCAGGCAAUGGGUGUAAAUAGCUCUGGGGGGUGGUCGGGUAGGUGGGUGGGGGCUCCUGGCAGCCCUCUGCUGUCCAGGCCAUGGCACCCUGGGGUUCCAUCUUGCUAAUAAACACUGGCUCUGAGA